UUUCCCACCACCAUCCCCUCCCAUUUUAAAACUAAAACAGUGUGUAACUGGGUGCCCACUCACAUUUCAUGUGGUUUUUUUUAAAGCAACUGCCCCCCUUCCAAAAAAAGUAACUCCUCUUAUACAAGGGGAAGAAAGAUACCAAUAUUUUCAGAAACCUUUUAGAAAGAACUUUGAAUCCCAGAAUAUUAAAGAAAAGUUGCAGAGAAGUUAAUCCUGCAAGUAUUAAAUUGAGGUAGAUUACAAAAUAAAUUAUAACAUGGAUUAAUUGUUGACCUUUCAGGUGGAAAGUAAAAGAAUAUUUUUAAAUUUAAUGAACUGUAGAUAUUUUAAUUGUUGUGAUAUUAUGCUUUAAAAGUGGCUUUCCACUGGACAUUCUUAAAUCAAAUUUAAAAAUUACAUAAAACUUUUGAUUGCCAUGAUUGUUCUUGUACUUUAUAUGUAUAUCAGAAGAAAAAUAUUAGAUACACAUAUGUUUCUUUUUGCAAAUGCCAUGAUUGGAAAGUUUCUAAAGUAUCACAGAAUGCAUCAGGUAUGGAUUAUUUUAUUUUUGCUAUAAAUGGUAAACUGAUUCAAUUAUUUUCUAUAGUUUUCUUCAUAGAAAACGGUCACUUUCCACUUGUUGAUAAUUUUGAUUUGAAUGUUCUUGCUCAGAAAUAUGCCCAAAUGCUUUGUCACUUUUUUAGGGAAUGGAGUUCUUUCUUUGGGGACUAUGCAUUACAUGUAAAUUUGUGAUAUAACCAUAUUUGUGACUUGAGAGUGUAAUAAAAAUGUUAGAUUUACAGAAGUAUUGUCUCAGUAUGACAUCAGAGUUUACUGUACAUUAUGAUUUAAUAAUAUUAAAGAAACAAAGGUAGGAAUUAGAAGAUAGUCUUCUAGCAUGUUUUGUUCCUUUCAGGAAAAUAACAUGUGAGCCCCUGAAAAAAGGACCUUUCAUUAAUACUGAUUGAAAACAUUACUGAAUUGGAGUGUGACUGUGGGAGUCCAGCAUAUUACAGUUUAUGCUUUUUAGGCCGUUUAAGGGUUGUUCUCCUAUGUACACUCUGUGCUUACAGACUCAGAAUUACUCACAUAGGCAUUCAGUUGUCCUCACACUGUCCUGAUGGCCAUUUGAUUGACUUGGCAGUGCAUGACAUGGUGCACAGCCCAGACCACCCAACCCUUCCUCAACUCGAGCAAUUACAGUCCUGCAAAGCAGGAUGGUGGCUGAUACUUAAGGAGGCCUCUAAGUUGGAAGAACGCAGACCAGUUCAGAAAUAGUUUUACCGCUAAGCUUCUGUAAUCAGCCUGGGUAGGCAGAUGUACCUUUUUUCAUUCUGACCAAGUAGGGCCAAGUGGUUAUUGUUAUUUUUAAUUUCCAUUCAGAAAAAUGGGGUUGAAAUGUUUACUGGUUAAGGUUAUUUUAAGGAGGAAAGAGAGGGAAAUGGUGCUCUACUAUUUAUAAAGUACCUACUAGGAACAGGGCAUUGUAUUUAGUGUUUGAAAGGCUUAUGUUUGUAGGUCAUAGUUUAUACACUGUGGGCCAUGUGAAAGGCUCAACUUUAGAGGGCCUCCAAUGAAAAGCUGCUCGCUGAAAUUCUGUUACAGUUCUACUGUUAAGCAUAGCUUCAUUCAUGAGGCUUAUUCUAUGUAUCUGGAGAGUAGCAUUCUAAUGAGAAAAAAAGCCUGGGAAGUUUUAUUCAUAUCUCUUAAGCUAUGCUAAAAUUUUGCUGUUGCUAUAACUAGGAACUUAUUAAGUUUCAGAUUUUAUUAGCCUCUGGGAAAUUUUGGAGUUAGCAGAAGAGAGCAAAGAGGAAAAAAAAAACUUAUCUCGAACUCCCUGGUAAAAUGCAGGAGGAGCACAAUAAAAUAAGUAUGGAUAAAAUUAUAUCUGGUGUUUUGGUGGAAACACCAAAAAAAAAAACUUAUCUCGAACUCCCUGGUAAAAUGCAGGAGGAGCACAAUAAAAUAAGUAUGGAUAAAAUUAUAUCUGGUGUUUUGGUGGAUCACCUUGUAGAAUGAAAUGAACUAUAAACUCCAAAUGGGACACAUUUACCUAUUAGUAGACAGGAAAAACCAUGACAGUUUGAUUUAAAAUAAUUUCAGUCAGAAAGGAUUUUCUAGUCUGGGUACCACUACGCUUUUAGAAUUUGCCUUGGGUAUUCGAGUUGGAUACACACACCAGGAAGUAAGAAGAGAAUAGCUACUCUACAUGGUUGUCACAAAGUCCGUGGAUUCUUUUCCGAUGGGAGAGGAUGUGAAUGUGGUAGGCAUGGGGAUGGCCAAGAAAGGGUAGAACAGCUAAAACAAUCAUGGCAGGAGGAAACGACAGAAGACUGAGAAGGAAGAUACCAAUAAAAGGCAGACUAGUUUUGUAAACGUGGAGUUCAGGGCUAUAUAUAUGAUGCUAAGGCUUUACACCCCGAAGGCCCUUACAGACAUUACUGUGUUACAUCAGAGUUGAUGGAUACCUGGAGAUCUUAUGCCUAAAGGUAUAUCAUUAAUUUCUAUCCACUGUACAAACUAGAAAAUUCCACAGAAAGUGUUUUCAUUAAGAAAAAGAGGUGGGUGAACUAAAAAAAAAAGUAGUCAUCAGGUUAAGUGAUCAAUCACUUAUAUAAAACAUUUCAUCAUUCCCCAAAGGUAUAGAUAGAUGGAGUAAUUUCCUUUCUUUUUUUUAAUAUGGGACACUUGCGAAUUUAUAUGUCAUCCUUGCAUAGUGUCCAUGCUAAUGUUCUCUGUGUCAUUAAAUUUCUUACUCACCUUUUCUUUAUCCUCCAUCUAUCUGCUACUUUUCAAAAUAGGCAAAAAUCAUUUUCAGCCGAAUGAUAGCAUUUAUUGUGGGACAUACUCCCUCAAAUUCAUAGCCAAUGGUGAUAAUUGUAUUUAUAGCAAAGACAUGUACCUUGCAUUUUCUAUUUUUGUUUGCCUUGCUUUCGUUGGUUUAUUUGUUUAUUCAUUCAUUCAUUUAUAAUUUGUGACUUCCUAAGUGAGUUCUAAAAUGCUAGAUUGAAAAUGUAUUCUGAAUCACAUGUCUAAACUAUGUCAAAUAUGUGUAAUUGUUUGGAAAAGACUUAUGUCAACUAUUCCUUGUAAUUUCUUCCUUGUGAACUCAGAUUGACUGGGAUUAAAAAAAAAUUCCAUUGGUGUGCCCUGCCUUGUUGAGCUGGAUAUUCACAUAGACCUGAGUAUGAUCCCACAGUCCUUGGUUAGAGAGUAUAUAAGUGGGAUGCACCAUGAAACCUAGGCUGAAAGUCUCUUUUGGCUGUUUAUACAUAGAUAGAGCGUCAUCUACUAUAAGAUUGCUCUGCUUAAAUGUAAUGAUUUCAUCAGAUUCUCUUCCAUUAAGACAAGACUAAUGCACAAGUUCUAACACCUUGCCAAAAUAUUUGUCAUUGUGUUUUCUCCAAGUACAAAUCUAAGAAAUUGCCCCACUUUAUUUUUAGAAGAAAAAAAAAUCUCUAUUUCCCUCAGCAUUUGAGAGUGCAUUAUCCUGAUGUGACUCUUCUUUCCAGUAAAAAGUUGGGUACCCAUUUUUAAAUUCAAAUAUCCCAGAUCAACAUAAAGUCUUUAGCCAAUAAUAAUAAAGCUUCAUUCCACAGCAUUUCUAGUUGUCUUUUGGGGGACCUCAAAUGCUGAGAGAUGUUUUAAUUAGUUCAUAAUUAACAAUUAUUAGUCUGGUCAAGACCCCACCUUUAUUUUCCUUCAUAUGUUUUUUUUCUUCCAGUCUGUUCCCUAUCCCUCCCCCGCCACCCACCAUCUAUCUUUCCCUCUCCUACAGGCAGCCUCUUUUAAUGAGUUCAAUAUAGGUUAUUGUAAAUGUCUUUUAAAAAUACAUAAACUGGUUGUAUGUAUGCCUGGCUUAAUAUACAUAAGUGGUGCUGCACAGUAGAUCUCAUUCUCUCCUGUACUUUUUAUUCAUUCAAUGCUGUAUUUUUAAGAUGUUGCUAUAUGUACUAAUUCAUUGCUUCUAACCACUGUGUGUUAUUUCAUAGGAGGCAUCCAACACAUUUUAAUUAUCCAUUCCUCCAAUGAUAGAUCUAGGUUGACACCAGCUCCUAGCUUCUACAAACUAGGUUGCUGGCCCUAGGUUAGGUCUUAGAUCUACACAUGGUGAAUCUCUCCAAAUACUGCAAAUUGAUCUAAUCAGACUCCCCAACACUUGAUAUUAUUGAAAGUUUUAAUUUUUACCAACCUGAUAAAUAUAUAUAUAUGUUUCUCUGACUGCUAGUGAGGGUGACCAUUGGACUGUAUACUUAUGAGCCAUUUGCCGUUCUCUUCUGUGAAUUGCCUUUUUCACAUCUGUAGCAACCUUGAGAUUAAAAUAUAGCGUGAAAGUUGGAAAUCAGAUUGUUUGGGGAAAUUUCCAGGUAGUGAGAAUGGUUAAUUAUGUAUUUGAAUCACAGUUUCACAACUUAAUUGCUGGUUGACUUGGAAUAAAGCGCUAUCUUUCCAUGUGUCUCUUUUUGCAUGCAUGCCAAGUAUGUGAGCCCACGUGUGGCAAUAAAAUGGGGGAAAAUAAUACUCGUGGCUUACUGUGAAAGAGAAAUCCUAUAUUUAAUAUAGGAUUAUUUAUAUAAAGUUCACAGUACAAUACAUGAACAAUUUUAAGUGCUCUGUAAAAGUCAGUUGCUUCCUAUUCUGUGUGAUGCAUAUGAGGAACUCAAUAAAUGGAACCUCAUAAUAUUCAUGUCAUCAUCAUCAUUGUCACUGUAUGUUUGGGAAGGUUUAGGGACAACCUUGCCUGAAGACACACAUAAAUCACUGGUCUUCCUAAGAUCCUCUUCAGUCCUAUACGUUCACAGAGUUCACCCAUAAAAAUUUGCCUAAACCUCCCAGGUCAGAUAGAUAUUUGAUGUUUGCUAUUUUCUUAAAAUCUUUUAAGGUAACAUCUUUGGGUGUUUUUUAAACCGAUUUUAAAGUGACCAAAUAAAUCCUCUAAAAAAUCUAGAAACUUUAACUGAAGCUAUAUUCUUUCCUUCCUUCCUUCCUUCCUCCCUUCCUUCCAAUGGAGGGCUAGUUAUUUAUGCAGCAUCUGUAUAAACUAACACUUUAUACUAGUUAUCUCUUGCUGUGUGAUGAAUUACCACAAAUUUCAUGGCUGAAAACAGCACACAUUUAUUAUCUCACAAUUUCUGUGAGUCUGGAGUCUAGGCAUGACCUAGUUGGGUCCUUUGCUUAAGAUCUUACAAAGCCGCAAGCAAGGUGUCAGCUGGGCUGUAUUCUUAUCUGGAGGCUUAAAUAGGGAAGAAUCUUCUUCCAAGUGUAUUCAGGUUGUUGGCAGAACUCAUUCUCCUUUCACUUGUAGGACUGAAGAUCUUGGCUUCUUGUUGAGUGUCAGCUGGAUGUUGCCCUCAGUUCCUAGCAGACACCCCCAUUUCCUAGAGGCCACCUGCAGCUCCUUGCCACACAGGCUUUCCCGUGGCUUCCUUCUCUGAGCCAGCAAAGAGAGCCUCUAGAGAAGUCCGCUUGCCAGACUGUCUUAUAUAAGAGGGAAGUCAAAGUGGGGCAGGGCCAAGCUGACCUCGGGGAGGCACAUAAUAGACAAGAAAAUUGAGAGAUUAAGUAAUUUGCCUCUGUCUAUGAGGCCAGUGAGAUGGCAGAGCCAGUAUUCAAAUCCGGGCUGUCUGAUUCCAAAUCCUGGACUUCUAUCCUACUUACAUUCAAACCUAUAUUGGGUGUUCACUGUGUCACCAACAUUCUGGUAUUAUCAUUUAAUGAAAGCUUCUUGCCAGCAACUCUAUGAUAAAAAAUAUAAGUAACAGAGGAAACUAUAAGUUAUUUGUCAAGUGGCAAGCUUUUAAUGUCAGAAUGGCUCACAUAAAGCGACUAGUAAAAUUACAUCUUAAAAGACAUUAUCAUAAAAAGUUCUGGAAGCUUGGUGCAGUAAUUUUUUUCUUUAUAAUAUUUUUGAUUUUAAUGCAAAGAGAAGUAAGUGUUCAAUAUUCCAAAGAGGAAUCAAAGAUGGAAAGAAAUAUAAACAAAAACAAGAUGUUUGAUUUAAUGUUAGAAGCUGUAAACAAUAUUAAAGAUGCAAUGCCAAAAAUGCAAAUAGGAGCACCUGUCAGGCAAAGCAUUGAUGCUGGUGAGAGACCCUGUUUGCAAGGAUAUUAUACAGCAGCAGAAUUGAAACCGGUUCUUGACCGCCCACCUCAGGAUUCCAAUGCACCUGGUGCUUCUGGUAAAGCAUUCAAGACAACCAAUUUAAGUGUUGAAGAGCAGAAGGAAAAAGAACGUGGAGAAGCCAAACACUGUUUUAACGCUUUUGCAAGUGACAGGAUUUCUUUACACCGAGAUCUUGGACCAGACACUCGACCUCCUGAAUGUAUUGAACAAAAAUUUAAGCGCUGUCCUCCCCUGCCUACCACCAGUGUCAUAAUAGUUUUUCAUAAUGAAGCCUGGUCCACGCUGCUUAGAACUGUCCACAGUGUGCUUUAUUCUUCCCCCGCCAUACUGCUGAAGGAAAUCAUUUUGGUGGAUGAUGCUAGUGUAGAUGAGUACUUACAUGAUAAACUAGAAGAAUAUAUAAAACAAUUUUCUAUAGUAAAAAUAGUCAGACAAAGAGAGAGAAAAGGUCUGAUCACUGCAAGGUUGCUAGGAGCAACAGUUGCAACAGCUGAAACACUCACAUUUUUAGAUGCUCACUGUGAGUGUUUCUAUGGCUGGUUAGAACCUUUGUUGGCUAGAAUAGCCGAGAACUACACAGCAGUUGUGAGUCCGGAUAUUGCAUCCAUAGAUCUAAACACGUUUGAAUUCAACAAACCUUCUCCUUAUGGAAGUAAUCACAACCGUGGAAACUUUGACUGGAGUCUUUCAUUUGGCUGGGAAUCGCUUCCUGAUCACGAGAGGCAAAGAAGGAAAGAUGAAACCUACCCAAUUAAAACACCCACUUUUGCAGGAGGCCUUUUUUCCAUAUCAAAAGAAUAUUUUGAAUAUAUUGGAACUUACGAUGAAGAAAUGGAAAUCUGGGGAGGUGAAAAUAUAGAAAUGUCUUUCAGAGUAUGGCAAUGUGGUGGGCAGUUGGAGAUUAUGCCUUGCUCUGUUGUUGGACAUGUUUUUCGCAGCAAAAGCCCUCAUACCUUUCCAAAAGGCACUCAGGUGAUUGCUCGCAACCAAGUUCGCCUUGCAGAAGUCUGGAUGGAUGAAUACAAGGAAAUAUUUUAUAGGAGAAACACAGAUGCAGCAAAAAUUGUUAAACAAAAAUCAUUUGGUGAUCUUUCAAAAAGAUUUGAAAUAAAGCACCGCCUUCAGUGUAAAAAUUUUACAUGGUAUCUGAACACUAUUUAUCCAGAAGCAUAUGUGCCAGACCUUAAUCCUGUUAUAUCUGGAUAUAUUAAAAGCAUUGGUCAGCCUCUGUGUCUGGAUGUUGGAGAAAAUAAUCAAGGAGGCAAACCGUUAAUUUUGUACACAUGUCAUGGCCUCGGGGGAAACCAGUAUUUUGAAUACUCGGCUCAGCAUGAAAUUCGGCAUAACAUCCAGAGGGAAUUAUGUCUUCAUGCUGCUCAAGGUCUUGUUCAGCUGAGAGCGUGUGCCUACAAAGGUCACAGGACAGUGGCCAGUGGAGAACAGAUAUGGGAGAUCCAGAAGGAUCAACUUCUAUAUAAUCCAUUCUUAAAAAUGUGCCUUUCAGCAAAUGGAGAGCAUCCGAGCUUGGUGUCAUGCAAUCCAUCAGAUCCACUUCAAAAAUGGAUUUUUAGCCAAAAUGAUUAAGUGUUCCUUAAAAUUAAGGAGUUGAAAAAGGAGAUAUUCUUUCUCAUAAAACUGUGACUAGGCAUACACUGUAGUUUUUGAAAAUUAUGCAAAAGCAGCUAAUUGUAACUUAUUCCAAGUGCAUUUUUCUUAUUUAUAUCUUAAAAUGUCUAUGUAGCACUGCUACAGAAAUCUUUUAAGUUUCCGUUUCAAAGCACAAUAACUAAUAAUACCAAAGACUAUUUUGAAAUGUCCAGAUGUAGGGGAAGAGAUGUUUACAGUAUGAUGAAAAUAAUUUUCUAAGUAAAGUGAUGUAUGUGUGUUUUGUACACUCAAAGAUAUGCAUAGCUCCAUUCACACACUCACAAUUUAAAAUAUUUCUUCUAGUUUUUGGGGGGAGGGAGAAAGAUUUGAUACCAUAUUUUUUUAACUACAUAGAAAUGGAUCAGUGAAGGUCAAGCAUUGGCCUUUGUGUAUAAACCAGGAAAUUUUUAUAGAUCUAGGAUUUAUUAUAUAAAAAUGCAAGUAAACUUUUUUGCCUUUUGUUUACUUAUCUGUCAUAGGUUUCCUUAAACAUGAAAUUAAAUGAUUAAGGAGAAUAUUUUUAACACUUCAGUAUCUUGGCAAAUUUUAAAAUAUUUUUUUGUCUGAAGCCCACUUGACUUAAAGCACUUAAAUCUUGCUUAAAAGAUAUUUCUUAAAUAACUAUACUGUGUGUUUUCCCAAAGCAAUAUUUAAAAAAAAAAAACUGUAAAGUACUAUCUGUUGAAAAGGUGUCUUUUUCCUUUCUGCUAGUCCUUUUUUCUUACCAAAUUCACUAAUCUUGAAUGUUUGUGAAAUUGAAUUUCAAAUGCAGAAUACUUGACUCAUUUAAAAGCUAAAUUUUAUUUGUUACUGAUUCAAUUUAGAUUGUCUUUGUAAAGAAUUUUUUUCAUCAAAAAAAUCCUUCUAUGUGGAAAACACAAUAAAAUGAAUCCUUAUCACUGUUGUAA